CAACUGAAUCAUUUUUUUUAAUAACCUAUUACCUUAUGACUGCUAACAUUGUCAGUCCUGAAUUAUUACAAUAUCCUCAAGAUGAUGUUUUGAGGUUACUCCGAUUCUGGUGUUGUGACAUUUUCCAAUACAAACUAAUGAAGUUUGUAAUAUUUGUGAUGUUGGUGGCCAACACAGUGCUUAUGGUACUUCAAGGAUAUCAUUUUCUCAUCAAUUUCAACAGCCUUUACUUCAUAUCGUAUUCGCCUUACUGGUUUGGAUCAUUUUUUAUCAUUCUUUCACUUACAUCAUGUUUAACUUUACCCACCAUUGGACCUGAAGCGCUCCAGUCAAUGGACCUGUGGAAAAUACAACCAAUGAAGCGAAUCAAAUUUCAAACAGAGUUGAUCAGAGCUUACACCACUAUUAACACAGUCAUUUCAUUAAUUGCUGGUCUUGCUCACACUUUUCCAUCAAAAAAUGCAGAAAAAAUAUGUUAUGUGUACAGAAUUAUUGGGAUUUAUGUACCAAAGUGGAAAACUGAGCUUUGCUGGAUGUAUAAAGCGAGCUAUAUUGUUAUGGCACUUGCACUACCAGCAACCUGCAACCAAUUAGUGUAUGGGGCAUCUCAUAUAAGAUUUCAAAUCUAUAUGCUUUUAGACUCGAUUAAGAGCAACUUAGUCAAGGAAUUUGGCGAUGAUUUGAAAUUAUCAAACGACAAGGACUUUCAAGAAGAAAUCACAAAAAAGAUUAUUUUUAGUGAUAAUCGUUUUUCGAUGAUACACAAGUCAAUUCAAACGGUUAAUCGGAGAACAAGUGUUUACAUAUUGUUGUAUGCCAUUAUGGGAGGAGUACUUGGUAUAAGUAUCCUCAUGUUUUAUUUUAAGUUUUCUGGUACUCUACUAAUAAGUGACUACCUUCAUGCUGGUACUUUGGCAAUAGCAGCAGUUAGUACAUUUAUGGCAACAAUAACAUCUGGCCAAACGCUUGAGAAUCUUACAGAAGAACUUUUAGUUACGUGGUCUUCGAUCCCUUGGUAUCUCUUAAACAAACGGAAUAAACAAAUUUAUCUCAUGGUUAUGGUACAUUUUGUCAAAUCAUUGAGUUUUCAAUUUACCGAAAAUAUGGCAAUAAAUUAUAAUCUAGGGGCAGCUAUUGGAAAAAUGAUAUAUUCGAUGCUAUCACUUCUUACACAGAUGAGUCACAAGGAUACAGAUACGCUAUACAGACAAUGAAGCAAUUGGUUUUAAAACACUAAUUUCUAGCAACUAUUGCAAAUCUUGUGACCAAACAAAUUGUUUUUACUUUUGUGUAUGUUUGUCUUUUUUAUACCUACAGCUAGGUGUAAAUCACGUAAAGCUUUGUACACCCAGAAAUCAUCAAGUAAUAAAGAACUAAUGAAA